UGCAAUUAUUCGAAUUUCCCUCCCUUCUCUCAUUCGCAGCCUUGCCAAUGAGCGCUUACAUACAUAUAUGAUUCAAACGAUGUUAUAUGCUGACUAUAUAAAUACAAAGAACUUAAAAGAUAUCGAAAAACGUAUACACAGCUGGGUAAUUAUAUAUCACAAAGAGAUAAAAACAAUAUUUGCGUCAUUGAAAAUUAUCAAAAAUCAUCGAAGAAAAUAAAAGUCCACGUCCUUACAUUUGACUAAUUCUUAUCAUAUCGAAUCGCGCUGUGUUAUCAUCGUGCGUAACUAUGAGUACGUAAAUGUGCGUCAAAAAAAAGUGAUUAAUAAUGCUAAAGCAAGCAGGGCAAAUGUUUCUGUGGAUGAUAUAAACAUUCCAAUGAUGCACACGAGAACGUAUCAAAAGAGUCUUCGAUAUGAAAGGGAAAUGUGAUGGACGUAUGCGAUUGCUGGUAUAGCAGUUACGGCGAACGCGAGCCUCAUAAACACGUCGCCAUGAUGGUUCAGCAACGCCAUAAUGCUGCUAUGCGACGUCCCAUUCUCCGUAGAGUAAACACUCGCUCGCGCAAACGAGAUGCAAAAGGGAUAAUAAUUUGUAACUUUUAAGUCUUUGAAGACGAGUAUAUACAUCGACGAUAGUCAUCUCGAUAAUCAAUCUUGGUGAGUAAGGGCAAAAGUUUUCUUCGACAAUAAUACUCUCUCAUCUCGCUGACGAGUGAAAGUAUUCAGUUUUUCGUUUCCUCAGAAAUCCCCUUGUCGUGCUGUGCAAACAGGCGCGAGGGAGCGAUAGACAGGAAGAGAGAUAGAAAGAAAAAGAAAAGAAAGAAACGAAGAGGGAGAGAGAGCGAGAGAGAGAGAAGUAUCGAGGGAGGGAGUGAGUAAGAAAGAACGAUUGGAAGGGCGGGAGGGAGAAAAAAGUGAGAAUGCUGCGAAGUGGAUAAUAUUGUAUCGAUAUAAAAUUUACUUAGGUGAUUAUCAAAUUCGUAAGAAUCGUCAUCGCGCCAUUAAGUAGGCUCCAAAGUCAAACGCGAGAAGAAUCGAUACGCGAUUGCAGGUACUUUUAGUUAUUUCGCGAUGGCGAGAGCGUGGCGUCGAAUUCCUCCUAGUGGGAGAGAGAUUUUGUAAAAACAAUGAUGCUGAAACGGUAGCAUGCGGUACGUAAGUAAAUAUUUCAAAUCUUCUUGUCCCGUUAUAAUAGUACAAAAGUCGAGCUUCGCGAGCGUGAAUUUCUGAUGCGUUUUCGUGCGCGCGCGUUCAACUCAUACACUAUUUUUUCUUUUCGACAGCGUGAUCUUGAAAACAUUUCGGGGAUCUAACCUAACUUUUUACAUUCGCUAUGGAUAUUUUCCUUUCGUUUCCGCGAUUCUUGGAAAAAUCUUUAAUUUUAAGAUACGAUGAAUUUUCAAGGAAAAAAGACUUUUGGAGUUGACAUUUCGCUACGUAUUUUUAUCUGCUAAAGCAUACGUUUCGAAUUCGUCAUGAAAAGCUUUUAUAACAGCUUUUUCGUUGGGAAUGAAAUGAAAGCAAGAAGGCAGGUCUAAUAAAUAUGAAAGACCAUAGUUUGAAAAAAGAGUUAAAAAGAAUCAUUCACAGAAUUAAUAUCUAAAUAUUUUAAACAUGGAUGAUGAGGAAGGUUCAUCCAGUUCUGGACCUAUGUCUUCUCUGAACAGUUUAUUUUCUUUCACUAGUCCAGCUGUAAAAAAAUUGCUUGGCUGGAAACAAGGAGACGAAGAAGAGAAAUGGGCAGAGAAAGCAGUAGAUUCUUUGGUAAAGAAAUUAAAAAAAAGGAAAGGCGCGAUAGAGGAAUUGGAACGGGCCUUAAGUUGUCCUGGCACACCAAGCAAGUGCGUAACAAUACCAAGAAGCUUGGAUGGUAGAUUACAAGUAUCUCAUCGCAAGGGGUUACCACAUGUAAUAUAUUGUCGAGUAUGGAGAUGGCCAGAUUUGCAGUCUCAUCAUGAAUUGAAACCACUUGAAUUGUGUCAGUAUCCAUUUUCUGCUAAACAAAAAGAAGUUUGCAUUAAUCCUUAUCAUUACAAAAGAGUGGAAAGUCCUGUGCUUCCACCGGUACUUGUCCCAAGGCAUUCGGAAUAUGCUCCUGGACAUUCUCUACUACCAUUUCAACAAUUAGCAGAACCGACCAUGCCACAUAAUGUAUCUUAUUCAUCCAGUGGCUUUAAUGCAAGUUCUACCACUGGUGUUAAUCCGACUUCUCCUAUGUCUUCUGUUGGUUCUGUACCUAGUCCAGGCAGUACUACUUCGCCGAAUCCACAAAGUCCUUAUGGUACAAAUGGAUUACCAGAAACACCGCCGCCGGCAUAUUCCCCUCCAGAAGAUGGUUCACAACCUGGUCAAUCUCCUCCACCAGAUCCGGUGGCAAUGGACACGGGUGGUCCCGCUGAGGUAGCACCAGUGUGUUAUCAGGAACCACUGUAUUGGGCCUCUAUCGCAUACUAUGAGUUAAACUGUAGAGUUGGCGAAGUUUUUCAUUGUCAGUCUCAUUCUGUUAUAGUAGAUGGUUUUACGAAUCCAAGUAAUAAUUCUGAUCGUUUUUGCUUGGGUCAACUGUCUAACGUAAAUCGAAAUUCUACUAUUGAAAAUACUAGAAGACAUAUUGGAAAAGGAGUACAUCUCUAUUAUGUUGGUGGAGAAGUUUACGCAGAAUGCCUUUCAGAUUCAGCCAUAUUCGUUCAAUCGAGAAAUUGUAAUCAUCAUCAUGGUUUUCAUCCUAGUACAGUUUGUAAAAUUCCUCCAGGUUGCUCGCUCAAAAUAUUUAAUAAUCAAGAAUUUGCUCAAUUAUUGUCACAAAGUGUUAAUCAUGGAUUUGAAGCUGUGUAUGAAUUAACAAAAAUGUGUACAAUCAGAAUGUCUUUUGUAAAAGGGUGGGGUGCAGAGUAUCAUCGGCAAGAUGUUACAUCUACACCUUGUUGGAUAGAAGCACAUUUACAUGGGCCUUUGCAAUGGUUGGAUAAAGUGCUUACACAAAUGGGUUCUCCACAUAAUGCUAUAAGUUCUGUGUCAUAGAUUGCAUACUGGUUGAUGAUACAAGCAGAAAAAACCAUUAGUGGUAAUAUAAAAGUGAGUUUCAGUGCAGAAACAUAUAAAUUAUGUGGAUUCUACAAGAGAUAGUGUUUCCAGGAAAGUGGUUAAAGGUGUAAGUGUCAAAGAUGGUCACUUAUUGUGACACAUUUAAUUUCAGCAUAAUUAAAAAUGUUGAAGAAAUAUUUUAAAGAAAAUGAACAAUUAUAAAAAUUAGAUAGAUAGAGAGUGAUUGUUGGUAAAUAAAAGUUUCAUAGAUAACGUGGUAUAUGUUUAGAGUUAUACCACAUUUGGCUGUUAUGUAUGGAGAAAACUAUAGUAGAAAUAGGAUAUCUUAUAUACAUAUGAGGAAUAUUUUUCAAAUCUAUUCAACAGUCAUAAUACUUUAUUUUAUAUGGGAAAUUGUUCUGAAGAUAUUCGCUAUUAGCGUACUGCAAAUGCUUUCCUAGAUGAUCUUAAGGGACAAUAUAAAAAUGAUAUAGAAAUUGAAAUUCAAGCACAAGUUAUCUAUCAAGUGAUAGAAAAAAGUAAUUUCCUAAAUCAAUAUAAAUACCUAUUCUUUAGAGCUGAAUAUGUUAACCUGAUUUUAAAUCAUUUCAAAUCAUGUAUAGAUAUAAUUAUAUAAUUAUACAUAGUGUAGAGAUAGAGAUUACAAUCAGAAAUUCAUGUUUGGCUCUAAAAUUGGUGCAUAUUGUACGAAAGUUAUACAUUAAAUAUAUAAUACUCUAUUGUCCAAUUGUUCGAAAUAUAAUAUGCGUGCUUUAAAAUUACAACUUAUACCUAAACGAGGAUUAGAUUACCCAAACUUAUCAUUAUAAUCAUAAUCAUGAAAUAAAAGUAAUUAAUUUUGUCAUUACUGAUUACAAUGCAAUUGAUACUUCGAUAUGAAAUGCUGGAUGCUGAUCUCACGUUGACACUUGAAAGUUAACUGCAUCUAAUAAUCUUUUAAAACUUUAAAUUUAGUAAUCCUUGCAAGGAUUACUUUUUAUGCAAGCUUCCCUAACAUUUUAUGUAUGCCAUGCUAUGUUGGUCACGUGACCAUAACUGAAUAAUGAAUUAAGUAAUGUUUUUUAAAGUUAGACUUCCCUUUACAAAGCAAUGAAGAAUGUGAUAAAUAUGUAGAACUAUCAUAUGGUUUAUUCAAUCCUUAAAUGUUUCAGUAAUUUUUGGUAAAAAUUUGACAUUAUACGUAAUACGUAUAUAAAUUAAAAAUUUUUAAUGUAUUUUAUGAGAUAACGAUAUAGUUGAACACUAUAGUAAAAUUAUCUCUUAAGAUAACGCAGUAUAAUUUGUGUAUAUUAAUAAAAUGAAAGAAUUAUCUUUUUAAACAUUCUUUUUCUCUUUUUUAGAAAAGGGAAUUCUAACUUUAAAUAAAUAAUCUUUUAAUAUUUUAUAUAUAUAUAUAUAUAUAUAUAUAUAUAUAUAAUAUAUAAGGAAUAUAUAUAUAUACACACAUAUAUAUAUAUAUAUAAAUAUAUAUGUAUAUAUAAAUAAAAGCUCCUUUCACUUUUUAUUAUAUAACGAGCCAGGAAUGUCGUAUGAAUAAUUAAAUGAAAGUGCAAUAGAAAUAGUAAACAUUUAAGAUUGAACAUUUUUAAGAAAUAUUUUGCAUCGUGUAAAAGUUGUACUGCGAAUGUGUUGAAAUAGGUAAUUCUUUUCUAGAAAUGUUGAUGACAAAUAUUUUCAUUUUAUAUCGUUUUAAUCAAAAUGUACACGAUUAAUAUUAAGUUUCAUUUAGGAAUAACAUACAUUUAAUGAUGUUUGUAUUCCAAGAUAGAUUCAAACGUAUUUCUGGCUUUUACUUUGAACUGCUAUUACUUUUUAUGUAUAUUCUAUGUACUUUUUGACUAUAAGUUUAGGAAAAGUCGAACACGUUACAUGAGUUAAAGUAAGAAUAUCGUACGACCGUGAAACAGAACUCACUGCCGCUUGUUAAAUAACACUCGUUUGCCGAUGUGUCUAGCUGUGAUUCUUUGCUACCAAAAUUAGCAAACUACGAUCGGGAGAUCAAGAAAAUUUGCCAACAUAACGAAACAAAAAAAAAUGAAAAGAGAGACUGAAAUAUACAAGAUUUUCGUAACAACAGUUAUACAAGAGAUUGUGACAAUAAUCGGUAAUUACAAGAACAACAUUUCGCCAACGAUACUAGAUACAAUCUUGUUUGCCUUACAUUUUCAUGUAAUUGCCUGUUAAGCCUCGAUGCUAACAGAACAUUUUUUUAAGGAUGAAUAAUAUUCACAAUCAAUAUCGAUAAAAUAUUAUAAGAGAUUUGAACAUGCGUUUAUGUGUAUUGAGCUUAUAGCAAUCGAAACGAGCACGAUGCUUCGUCGCAACAUGUAUGUACAAUUACCGCACCAUAUUGUAUACUAAGAGCUUUAAAUUACGUUCUUGCAACUCUCUCAUUCACUUUAUUAAUUGAAAUAUAUACAUGGAAUCCUUUUGUAAGACCCGGUUACAAAUCAUCUGCAUUAUUCUUAUGAAAGUAUACUAAUAAGCCUUACAAUUUGAAAGUAUGUAAAUCAAAGAUGCGUGGAAGAAAUUGUCUAUUUAUUGUGUUAGAGUUAGCACAGCUUAUAUGCUGCCCAUAUUUGUGCCUUGAAAAUGCUUCUUAUAUUAUCAUAUAUAAACUUAUACAUUAUAUAACAGAGAAUUAAAGCAUAGUUUUUCAUGGAAACAAAACUGUGCUUUGUUGGAAGCAUUUUUUUUUGCUCUUAACGAACAUGGCUAACUUAAAAUUAAAAUUUCAACUUGACAAUAUCGAUGGCCUCAAAAAAGAUAUAGAUGUAUUUAUAUAUAACUGUAUAUAUAUAGAAGUGUAUUAAUGCAGAAAGUGAUUUGGGAACGGGUUUGUAAUUCAUUAAUGGCAGUCAUUGUAAAUAAAUAUAAUUAUUCGUGUGACAACACGCCUUCGGAAUCCAUUCCACAUUUAACUUUUAGAUAUGAUACCAACGAUAUUUCCUUCCGUUUUUUCUCCAUGUUUUCCGGAAUACCGAGGCCGCUGAUCACUCGAUAAUGGAACAAUUGACAUCGGCGGCAUACUUACAGAAUAUAGACGUCUUAUAGAUUCAGAAACGCGUUGAUUUACGAUGUAACGAUAUGUUAAAAGACAAAACUCUUUUUAGGACUUUAGUAUAGAAAGAUAUGCACUCCGAUUCAACGUACAUACAUACAUGAUUUUUAAUGUUAAAUUAAAGAUAUUUGCUCGGGCGACAAAGAUACUCUUGUUUGUGACGCUACGUCUGCGUUUCUUUUUUUUUUUUUGGUAAUCAGUGUGUUGUGAAGCCUACCGAGUAUGAAUAAAAAUUAGUACCUACAUGUGUAUCUACGUGCAAUGAAA